CUGUACAACAAGAGGAAAUUUUCACUUUUAACAGUCAACAGACCAAGAACAUGUGAUGCAAAGUGUUCUUGUUGUUGUACGAUACAAACAAUAUCAGUAUAUUCGUAGCUUAGUUUGCAGUAAGCCGCUAUCGCCGCUGGAAAACAAAAUAUACAUUUUUGACUGAUAAAAUAUGGGUCAGUUUAUUUCAUCGAGGCCGAGCGAUCGAAGUGGAUUAAUUUUGUAUUAUCAUCCGUUGAGCUUCUAUUCGCAGAAAGUGUUGUUUGUUUUACAUGAAAAAAACAUUCCAUGCACACUUUACGAAGUAGACGUUUCAAAUGGUGAACAAUGCUCCAAUUGGUUUAUGCAAAUGAAUCCAAAAAUGGAUGUACCUGUUUUACAAAAUGAUAUGCUCGUUGUUCCAUCAUCAAAUCAAAUAAUCCACUACCUGGAAGCCAAUUUUGUUGAAAAGCACCCAACAUUACUUCCGACACAAAAUCGAAACUUAUUGAACAAAGUCAUUUUUUUGAAUCGGAAAAUCAGUCAAAUCCCCAUUGGAAUCAUCAGCUUGGGCACAUUUAUUCAUUCGAAAAUUGUCUCAUCACCACAACUACCAUUUAUUGGACCAUUGCGAUGCAGCUUUUUAGAGUCGGAAGAAGAGAUGUUGAAUAAAUUUGAAGAAAAUGCAAAAGCAAAUCCAUUGCAUCAAGACGCACUCUUGAUGAAAGUUAAAUCACAACGGGAAAAAUUCGAGCUGAUCAAAGAUCCAGAUGAAUUUCAAAAAUUGAUCGAUUCAGUUGGAAUUUUAUUAAUUGAAAUUGAGGCUCAGUUACAACAUCAAGCUGAAGAAUCAAAUAGUUGGCUAUGCUGCAAUCAGUUCACAUUGGCUGAUGUGAGUCUUGGCAUUUUGUUGCAUCGUUUGCAUCAACUCGGUUUAGCGAAAUAUUUUUGGGGAAAUAAUAAAAAACCCUACAUCGCAAAGUAUUAUGAAAAAAUCAUGCGACAAAAAUCCUUUCAAGCAUCAUUGCCAUCAACGAUGGCUACCGCAAGAGCCGCUUGGAUGAAAUUACCAUAUAUCUACAAAGUGUACUUUAUUUACAAAAAUAUGUUUAACAAUCGACCAAAAAGGACACUCAACAAACAUUCCCAUAGGCGCAAAUUACAUUUAUAUGUAUACUAUGUAGAACACUAAUGUUAAUAGAAAAAAAAAGUUCUGUUAAUUGAAGUGAGUGAGUAGUUUUGUUUUAACAAUUUAACUUAUAUUCCAAAGCAUUUAGCAUUCGAUAAAAAAAUGCAGUUAAAUAUCAAUUGAAUCUUGUUUGAAACGGCACCAUUAAGUUUCCCAAUCAAAUUUUAAACCUAAGUAUAAAUUAAGCAAAAAAAAAAAUAUGUUUCUUGAGAAAAAACAAUCGGGAACCAUUCACCGGAUGUGCUAAGAACUAAGAUUUGUUUUGUUCUUUGAGGAUUUAUUCGGUUGUAGUCACGGUGACGGGUUUUUGUUGAUAAAUUGGCAUUCCCAUAAAUUUCGGCACAUCGUUUGAUCGAUUUGAUGGUCCCGCAUUGCCAUAGUUGAGAGAUUGUUUUCGAAACGGUACGGCCGGUUGCGGUUUUACUUUUUGAUACAGAAAUUUACCAUGGCCAACCGAAUUCGGUAGCAGUGAAUGGGCUGGAUACCAAGCACGAUAUGUAAAGAACCAUGUGAGAAUUGCAAAUAUUCCGCUCAACACCUUUUCGAUCAUUUUGUGAUAGUAGAGCAUUGUGCAUACCAACAUUACGUCCCACAACAAUUGUAAGGCAGUCAUUGAAAUGAAUAAAAUUCGAAUUAAUGGCGUA